CGUCUUUCGUCUCCUCGGUUCAUCCUCUCUCUUCCCCACCACUCUUCCACAUCCCUCAUGGCGGAGCGCGGGGCCGGAGAUCGUGCCGGCUUCGGGCGCGGGUUCGGGCGCGGGUUCGGCCGCGGCCGGGGUGACCGGGGCCGAGGCGACCGCGGUCGCGGAGGGCGGCGCGGCGGCCGGCGCGACGAGGAGGAGAAGUGGGUGCCCGUCACCAAGCUCGGUCGCCUCGUGAAGGAAAGCAAGAUCACCAGCCUCGAGCAGAUCUACCUCCAUUCUCUCCCCGUCAAGGAGCACCAGAUCAUCGACACCCUCCUCGGCGGCCGCCUCAAGGACGAGGUCAUGAAGAUCAUGCCCGUCCAGAAGCAGACCCGCGCCGGGCAGCGCACCCGCUUCAAGGCCUUCGUCGUCGUCGGCGACACCGACGGCCACGUCGGCCUCGGCGUCAAGUGCGCCAAGGAGGUCGCCACCGCCAUCCGUGGCGCCAUCAUCCUGGCCAAGCUCUCGGUAAUCCCCGUCAGGAGGGGGUACUGGGGGAACAAGAUUGGGAAGCCCCACACUGUGCCCUGCAAGGUCACCGGCAAGUGCGGGUCGGUCACCGUCCGAAUGGUACCGGCGCCGAGGGGUGCGGGGAUCGUGGCCGCUCGUGUGCCAAAGAAGGUUCUCCAAUUUGCUGGGAUUGAGGACGUCUUCACCUCGUCUCGUGGUUCGACCAAGACUCUUGGAAACUUUGUCAAGGCCACCUUUGAGUGUCUCAUGAAGACCUACGGAUUCCUGACACCAGAUUUCUGGAUGGAGACUCGUUUCAGCAAAUCUCCCUUCCAGGAGUACACGGACUUGCUUGCGAAGCCCACCAAAGCAAUACUUAUUGAAAACACAGAGAGCUGAGGCGUCGUAGGAUGCUUUAUAGUAGUGCACAUGGAGCAGGAAUGAUCUUCCCAAUCUCUUCCCACUUGAAAUACCUACAUAAGCUUGCUGCAGGACCUCCACCUUCUCCCACCAACUCGAUCUCCUGCAACACUAUGUGACGACAGGGAUGACUUCUGCUACAGUCGAAUUCCAUGGCCAACUCCGAAGCACUCGUUCCUUUAAUAUUCCUAUAAAGCACACGGCUCACUGCCACAGCCGAGUUCUGCAUUAAACCAAAUGAUCAGCUAUUCUUUUGCUACCUGAUGUGCAUCUAUAUACAUGUCGAGUUGUACAAGUACCUACCUGUUCAUGGCAAGGAAUUCUGGAGUCACAGUAGUUCUGGUUGAUGAUUAUAGGAUUUUGGACAUCAUGCAUGAAUACAUUCUGGAAGAUGAUGUGCUUGGCAUAACCAUGCCCUCCCUAUAUAUCACCAUACAAAAAAGUUUCCCAUCAUUUGACAUGAGAUGUUUUCACCUUUGUAUUUCUGGUUAAUCAAAAUGCAGCAUAAUUCAUUGCUGAUGGAAUAAAAAUCCCUAUUACCAA